CCUCUUUGGAUAAUCCUCCGGAGAACUUGCGCGGUACCAGUCCUGAAUGCUCCCAUUUUAUUUCGAUGACAAUGGCGGCAGAUCCCGAAUCGUUUCAAGAGCUUUUGAAUACAUUUUUAAGCACCGACAAUGACGUCCGAACUCAAGCUGAGGGUGCUUACAAGAUGGUUCCGAUGGAUCGGAAAAUAACAUGGCUACUAAAUUCAAUAUCCAAUCCACUGCUGUCCGAGGAGAUUCGAAUCUUGGCAGCUGUCCUCUUGCGAAGAUUAUUCUCUUUGAAGUUCAUGGAAUUUUAUCCCAAGAUUUCACCAGAGGCCCAGGCUGAACUGAAGAAGCAGACUCUCUUGUCAAUCCAAGAUGAACAAUCAGACAUUAUCAGACGUAAAGCGUGUGAAGUAGCUGCUGAAUUGGCGAGAAAUUUAAUCGACGAGGACGGUAAUAAUCAGUGGCCGGAGUUUCUCCAGUUUCUAUUUCAAUGCGCCAAUGGCGAAUCGCCAGCACUCAAGGAAAGUGCCCUCCGUAUAUUUACAUCUGUACCCGGAGUUUUUGGUAAUCAGCAGGCGAAUUAUUUAAACCUCAUCAAACAGAUGCUACAGCAGUCUGUUCUCGAUGCUGCCAAUUACGAUGUUCAAUUCCAAGGAGUCCGAGCCAUUGGAGCCUUCAUAAUUCUCCACGAGAAGGAAACGAACAUCCAGAAACACUUUUCUGAACUUCUUGGACCCCUAGUCCAAGUAACAGCCCUAUCAAUUGAAAAAGCAGAUGACGAGGCUCUGCUGAAGGUGCUGAUAGACCUAGCGGAGUCAACCCCAAAAUUCCUGCGUCCCCAAUUAGAAAACAUAAUGGAGCUGUGCACGAAGACAAUCUCAAACGAGGAAUUGAACGACUCCUGGAGGCAAUUGGCACUGGAGGUGUUCGUUACUCUGUCAGAGACAGCACCAGCAAUGGUGCGAAAAGUUGGUGGCAAAUACAUAACAGCACUUAUACCACUCGUCCUGAAGAUGAUGACUGAUCUCGAGGAUGAUCCCCAGUGGAGUUUCUCCGAUGAACUCGUCACCGCGGACAAUGACGACAAUACUGUCGUUGCUGAGAGUGCACUAGACAGAUUGUCCUGUGCACUGGGUGGUAAAACGAUAGUACCACAGAUUAUACAGAAUAUUCCAGGAAUGCUGAAUGAUACCUACUGGAAGUACAGACACGCCGCACUCAUGGCCAUUUCUGCAGUUGGUGAGGGUUGCCACAAGCACAUGCUAGGCGUUCUUCCCCAGAUUGUCACUGGAAUUAUGCAGUAUCUCCAGGAUCCUCAUCCACGAGUGAGAUAUGCAGCGUGCAAUGCGAUUGGACAGAUGUCCACAGAUUUUGCUCCACUAUUUGAGAAAAAAUUCCACGACAAGGUCAUCCCUGGACUGCUAAUGGUUCUGGAUGACAAUGUUAAUCCCAGGGUUCAGGCACAUGCUAGUGCUGCACUCGUUAAUUUCAGUGAGGACUGCCCUAAAAAUAUUCUCACACCCUAUCUCGAUGCCAUUAUGGGGAAACUCGAGGGAAUUCUCACCGCUAAAUUCCAGGAGUUGGUUGAAAAGGGGACUAAAUUGGUUCUGGAACAGGUCGUGACGACAAUAGCAGCAGUAGCUGACGCAAGCAAGGAGCAAUUUGUCACUUAUUAUGACAGGCUAAUGCCCUGUUUGAAAUACAUUAUUCAAAAUGCCAAUCAGCAGGACCACAAGAUACUACGUGGAAAGACAAUCGAGUGUGUGAGUUUAAUUGGUCUUGCUGUGGGCUCUGAGAAAUUCAUCAGUGAUGCCAGUGAGGUGAUGGAUAUGCUUUUGAUAACUCACUCAGAGGGUGCUCUCCCAGACGAUGAUCCACAGGUAAGCUAUUUGAUAUCAGCCUGGGCAAGACUGUGCAGAAUUCUUGGGAAACAAUUUGAGCAGUAUCUGCCACUGGUGAUGGGGCCUGUUCUACGAGCUGCUGCUAUGAAGCCCGAAGUUGCUCUAUUGGACAAUGAGGAUAUGGAAGAGGUCGAGGAGGAUGUAGAUUGGCAAUUUGUUUCACUGGGAGAGCAACAGAAUUUUGGACUCAAAACGGCUGGUCUUGAGGAUAAGGCAUCAGCCUGUGAGAUGCUUGUUUGUUAUGCCAGGGAGUUGAAGGAGGGAUUUGCUGAUUACGCUGAAGAAGUUGUUAUGCUCAUGGUGCCAAUGCUCAAGUUUUACUUUCAUGAUGGUGUCAGGACAGCUGCUGCUGAGAGUCUACCUUAUUUGCUUGAGUGCGCCAAGGUUAAAGGAGCUCACUACCUGGAAGGCAUGUGGGCGUACAUUUGUUCAGAGCUGUUGAAGGCCAUCGACACGGAGCCAGAGUCAGAGGUUCUCCUGGAGCUGCUGUACUCUCAAGCCCAAUGCAUCGAGACUCUGGGCGCUGGUUGCCUGAAUUCCACUCAAAUGACAGAGCUCCUGCGAAUUCUAGAUAAAUUAUUGAACGAGCACUUUGCGAGAGCAGUAGCAAGACUGGAAAAACGAAAAGACGAGGACUACGACGAAAUUGUUGAGGAGCAAUUGGCAGACGAGGACAAAGGGGACGUCUUCACCUUGAAUAAAAUAGCUGACAUCCUCCACGCUCUCUUCAUCACUCACAAGGAGGCAUCCUUUCCAUUCUUCGAUCAGAUAUGCGGUCACUUCGUUAAACUACUGGCACCAGAGAGAUCCUGGUCAGAUCACCAGUGGGCACUCUGUGUCUUCGACGAUGUGAUAGAGUACGGUGGUCCAGCGUGCGCCAAAUAUCAGGAGUACUUUCUCAGACCGAUGAUCCAGUACGUGACUGAUAAAUCUGGUGAAGUGAGACAAGCAGCUGCUUAUGGCUGUGGUGUACUUGGACAAUUCGCUGGUGAGGCUUUUGCACCAGCUUGUGCUGAAGCACUACCAAGGCUCAUCGAGGUCAUCAAUGAGCCUGGCUCACGUGCACCAGAGAACCUCAAUCCCACUGAAAAUGCCAUAUCAGCUGUUACAAAAAUUCUAAAAUACAACAACAAAGCUAUCAAUGUCGAUGAAGUACUACCACACUGGCUCUCGUGGCUACCAGUUGUUGAGGAUGAGGAUGAAGCACCACAUGUUUAUGGGUAUCUUUGUGAUCUUAUUGAGGCGAAUCAUCCACUCAUUUUAGGACCCACUAAUGCCAAUUUACCGAAACUCAUUAGUUUCUUUGCUGAGGCACUCUUUCAGGACGCUAUGCCAAGUGAUAAUCCAGUUAUUGAGAGGAUUGUUGGCAUUGUCAAGCAGAUACAGAGCAAUGACUCCAUGUUUCAGGCGUGCAUUGCUGCAUUGAACGACGAUCAACAGCAGGCACUCCAUGAGGCACUCAGUAAACAUUCAAACUAGCGUUAUUGAGAAUUUUUAUUUUAUGAUAAAGUUUACCAUGAGGGAAUUCGUGAUUUGUCAUUUAUCAUUUAUCAUUUCGUGGUUAUUGGUAUGUGGAAUCAUCAUUGAGGAUGAGAUGAAUGAGAUGGAUCGAUGAUUAUUACCAUUUGUUGUCACUUGAUUGAACAAUUCAUUGGGAGUUGAAUGGAACGUUUUACCUCUUUGAUGAUUUAUUCAUUUGUCAAUUCACACGAGAUUUUUACAUUUUACCACUUCAUUGCUGAAUUGUUUAUUUAGUAUCGGUAAUCGUCGUCGAUUAAAUAUUCUUUGUGCCUUUCAGUGCCGACUUCCUGAAUAUUUAUCGAAUAAAUACCGAUCAAGCUGAUAGAAUUGUGGGGUGCAGUGAAUUAUUGAUAAUUUUUGUGAUUACUGGAGUUCAUGGGGGUGUAAUGACAAUUUUAAUGUCCAAUCGAUAAUAUAAUGGGGUGAAAUUAAAUUAAUUUUAACAGUAAUUAUCGUGCAUGAAUAGGAGAAUUAAUUAAUGAAUUUAAUUAAUGCUUAUGUGAAUUAUUUAGGUUUGUUGGUAAUAUUUUUUUAAACGUCAUUCUUUUUUUAUUAUUCAUAAUUGCACUCGAUAAAUUUAUUGAUUUUUUUCUUUUUCUUUUUUUCAACGAGGCUGGUACUGUUGAACAAUAUAGUCGACAUUAUUUUGUAAAUAACCUGGCCAUUUGUUAAUAUGAUUAUCGAUGAUUAUUUUUUAUUGUCAGUGCACUCCCGUGAAUUUUAAAACCUGUACUGGAAGAGGAAUGCAUAAUAAUUGGCGUAACAAGUCCUUUUUCUCUGUGCAAUCAUCACAAAUACGAAUUGAUAUUUCGAGAGAGUGUCGCUGAAUUAUUGAUAUGUUAUCACAAUUAACAAUUAUUGAAAAUGCAGUCCAACCAUUGAUGGUUUCACCAUUGUAUGCUAAUUGUAGGCAUCAGAGUAGAGCAGAUUAAAUCAUUUGCCAGUUAAUAAAACUCGAACAUUAAUGUGA